GGCUCGGCGCGCGCCGAGCUGCAGCUCGGAGCUGACCGCUCCGGGCAGGCUCCUCCGGCGGGAUCUGCCCUGGAGGCUCGGGCCAGACCGUGUCCGCAGGCAGGCGGUGGCUGGUGACGCCACGCGUGGUGCCGGGACCGGGGCGCCCGGCCGGGAUGGCAGACUGGAGCCUGCCCAUUGGGUCCCUGGGCGAGGACGUGGUGGCCAGGCUCUGCGAGCUCCUGGACAACGCCAGCCGGGGCUGGCGCAAGCUGGCGGAGGUGGCUGGGGCUGAGAAGCGCUUCAAGUGCAGCGAGGAGGAGCUGGAGAUGUGCUCGCUGAAGGUGCUGGAGCCCCGCGGCAGCCCCACGCAGUGUCUCCUGCAGCUGCUGGCCGAGCGUGACUGCAGCCUCAAGUACCUGCUGGGCUGCCUGGACAAGAUGGGGCACACGCAGGCCUGCCAGGUCCUCAGCGGUGCUGUCCAAGACAUGAUCCGCAUCACGGUGCAGCCAGAGUCGCACAUGGUGACAGAGGGGACGCGAGUGUCUCUGACCUGCUGGGCGACCGGCCCACCGGGGCUCAGCUAUCAGUGGUUCUGCGGGAAGCAGGAGCUGCCCGGAGCCACGGCCCCAGAGCUGGUGAUUGACCUGGCCACCCCGCAAGGUCAGCCCGGCUGGUACAUCUGCCGUGUGAACUGUGGGGUCAGCUUCGUCUUCUCCAGGUGGGCCCACGUCCAGGUCGAGAAGAGCAGCAGCCCCAGCUCAGCCAGCGGCUACUGCCCGACCAUGGUGGGGCUGCAGAUCCUGCGGCAGCCGCGGCCCUGCCGCUUGGCCGAAGGGGACACGCUGGCCCUGGAGUGCAGAGCCAUCGGCAACCCGCCGCCCCAGUACCAGUGGUUCAGGAACCGGCGCCCCGUGGAGGGCGCGCGGGCACCCCAGCUCCAGGUGAAGCUGGUGACGACGGCCGAGAGAGGCAGCUAUUCCUGCCGCGUGUUCAACCUCUUCCACGAGGUGUGGAGCCGGGAGGUGGACGUAGAGAUCGGCCCGCGGCUCUUCACCUCUGGAGGCUCCUGGCAGGACGGGGACGGAGGUGCCCCGGAGCGCUGUAGCCCUGGCCAGCUGUUUGCCACCGACAAAGUGGCCCUGCUGAUUGGCAACAUGCACUACCUGCACCACAAGCACCUCAAGGCCCCCAUGGUGGACGUGCACGCGCUGAGCAGCCUCCUCCGCCAGCUCGACUUCAAGGUGGUCUCACUGCUGGACCUGUGCAAGGCCGAGAUGCAGAUGGCUGUCAACGAGUUCCUGCUCCUCCUCGACAAGGGCGUCUACGGUUUGCUUUACUAUGCUGGGCACGGCUAUGAGAAUUUCGGCAACAGCUUCAUGGUGCCCAUCGACGCGCCUGGCUCCUACACCUCGGCCCACUGCCUGUGCGUGCAGCGCGUGCUGCGGAGCAUGCAGCAGCGCCGCACGGGCCUCAACAUCUUCCUGCUCGACAUGUGCCGCAAGAGGAACCUCAAUGACGACGUCAUCCCGCAGGUUGGGGCGUUGCAAGUCACAGCCAACAUCGUCUUCGGCUACGCUACCUGCGCGGAUGCCGAAGCCUACGAGCUGAGCCAGGGUGAGCUCUCCAACGGCAUCUUUGUCAGCUUCCUCAAGCGCUGGCUGCUGGAGGACGAGAAGAUCACAGUGCUGCUGGACAAGGUGGCCGAGGACAUGGGCACGCUGGAGAUCACCCGGGGCCGGCAAGCCUUGGAGCUGCGCAGCAACCUCUCGGAGAGACGAGCCCUCACGGACCCCAUCCGACCGGCUGAGGGCCAGGAUGAAUCAUCCGUCAGGAAUCUGCAGUGGGCCAAGGCCCAUGUCCUGCCGGAAAGCCGGCACCUCCACUUUGACUGCGGGGUCACCGUCCAGCUGGGCUUUGCUGCCGAGUUCUCCAACAUCAUGAUCAUCUACACUCGCAUUGUGGCCACCCCAAAGGACAUCUCCAAGUGUGAGGCCAAGCUCACGGACAUACCGGAGGAGCUGGACGUGGAUCUCAAGUUCACCAACAAGGAGAGCCCGGAGGAGGUGGGCAGCCCGCUGUCCCCGACCUGGAGCCUCGAUGUCCCCUCCUGCUGCCUCUACAGCCGGCUCUGUGGUCUGCAGAAACUGCGGCAGGAGCUGGCGUUCACCGUGUGCCUGCAGUACCAGUACCAGGGCGUGGACGACUUUGUGGAGGAGAGGCGGACGGUGAGCGUGGGGAAGCCGCUCAUCGCCAAGCUCAACCUGAGGCUUGGCGACGGUCCGGGAGCCUCUGCCCAGCCCGACCUGGAGGCCUCCGUCUCGCUGCCGGGCUCCGAGGCCUCCGGCAGCCCCCUGUCCGGCUCGCUCCCGGGCAGCUGGGCGGCCGCCGACGCCGGCUGGAUCAACACCCCCGAGGAGAACCUGAGCCCCGACGGCCCCGGCUCACACUCCCUGUAGACGGACGGCGUGGCCCCCCCUUCCCACCGUGGCCCCCUUCCCCGCCGGCAGCCACGCACGCCACGUCGGCGCCACGUCUGUCCUGCCAGGGGUGCCAGGGGCUGCAGGGAGCGGAGGGGCCGAGGACGGAGCCACGCGUCCGGGGACCCGAGCCCCCUCCCGCCCCUGCGCUGGGGCGGCCGUGGAGCCGAGGACGUGGGACCGCCCCGGCGGGAGCAGAGUGCCCAGACCCCGCGGCUCAGCCGGCGCGCGAGGCGUCGCACCGGGGCGAGACUGGGUUCAUUCAGGCCUAGGAGAAAUAGAGAGAAAUAAUCAGAUUACGGGGCAAAUCCAGAGGGAGGGGAUUAAAGGGGUGGGAGCAGGAAGGGUCCUGCUUUGCAAGCUGGCAAUCCCAGCGGCCGAGACAAGGAGAGAUGUCGAACAUCCCAGUGCUCCCAGUAGGACCCCGACCUACUGGCCGCCCCGGCUGGGCGGGGAGAGGGGCGGGAGAUUUCAGCAUGAGGUUGAAAACAAGGGAAAAAGAUCUUCUUGGCUGGAUUUUCCCAAAUGCAUGCCCUCGUUGGCGAGAAGCGAGGACCGAGACACGUGCAUCCGUUACGGGCCCUGCACACGUGCCGGCACGCUGCAAAUGGUGUGCGGCCAGCGUGCCGUGGCCGGGGUGGCCCAGGGACUGCUCGUUUGGCUCUAAAAUGGGAAAAAAAUGUCAAUAAAAGU